UUUUAAACGUAAGCAAAAUCUUCCAUCAAAAUUUUGUCCAUUUAUGUUUUAGUGACUCUCUUUUAGUCUUUCUCUUCCAGUUUUAAUUAUUUUGUGAUCAAUAAUUAGUAUUCUUUUUACAAUUUCGUAAUGGCCGAACAUGUUUUCGAGAAAGAAUUGAAGUUUGGCUUAAGGAACAACUGGUACGAAAAUGAUUUACAGUUGGCAGCAGAGUUAGGUAAAAACCUUCUGGAACGGAAUCAAGAUUUGGAACUGCAACUGCAGCAGGCAUUUGCACAACAAGAUGAACAAAAGAUGGAAAUUGAUCUACUUCAAAAGCAGCUUGAAAUUUUGAAGAGCGUGAACGACUCGCGCAUGAGAAUGUACGAGGACGUCGAUAGGAAUGCGCAAGAACUCGAGAAAUUGAAUGCACAGCUCCUGAAGGACAAGAAAAUUGAUAGAGAUUAUAUUUCCAAUUUGAAGGAGACAGUCAAGAAACUUGAGGAGAAGAAUCUGGAAUUGGAUGAGAUGGUGGAGGAGAAUGCAGCAAAGUUUUACAAUUCCUUCAUUCCAGACAUCAUCAAAAGGAGGGUGAACAGCGUCCCCAGUCUGCUAGACGAGCCCCAAAUCGACCUCUCAAAACGUGAUUGGCAGAUGCCGGGCCCGUGGAGGCGAGAGAAGGAGGCAGAGGAGUUGAGGAAGCUGAUCAACAGACAGGAGCAGACCGUCAAAAGGCUAGAAAUGCAAGUUGUGAUUGAAAAAAAUAGAAGGAAGUUGCUGGAGAGUGAGCUCGGUGCUGCUUUCAACGCUCACGUGGCUCUCGAGGAAAAGUUCAGAGAUGAAUUGGAAAAGAUGAAAGCGAUGCAGCAGCCAAAAAACCACAGAGAUUCUUCUGUCUGCGAUGACGAUGAUGGCGACGAGGGCGCACACACAACGAAACAAAAUGACAACACUGCAAACAAGAAAUCACCCCGACCUUCACACUUGAAGACAACAUCCCUGGCGUCGGCCAACAACGAAAUGAAAGUGGAACACGACCUCGACAGGCUACCUCGCGGAAAGGUGGUGAGGUUAAAAAAUGGUGGCAGUGCGUACGGGAGCAGGGAAUCUCUCAACAUGAUGGGCCUUGAAGUUCUCGAGGAAGAUGCCACACCCAGCGUCGAGGUUUGCAGUACCAUCCUGGCUUCCGAUAUGGCACGGCGAGCGUUUGAGACGAAGGAUAGGGAGGAGAGGGAUGCUGCCAGGUUCUGUCUGCUUGGAGAGUUGGAAGAACAAUAUCAGAUGCUCGUGUCCAGGUAUGAAUCCUUAAUAGAAUCGAAGCAGAAGUCCAACCAGACGGAUCGCUCGACGCAGUACAACGUAGAGGGCAGUAUGUCAACAUCAACAUCUACUACCACCACAUCCGGCAACACUUCCAUGGUGAGAUCCCUGGACCUCACCUCCCCUCUGGACCCUACCGAGGGCCGUUUCGAUCAUGGCCCUCCUGAGUAUAAGAGACUUUUCAAGGAGAUCUUCCAGACACUCCGCAAAUCCAGGGUCUAUGAUGAAGAAACCAUUUAA